CCACGCUUCACUUUCUCCCUCCCCCUCCCUCUCCCUCUCCCUCUCCCCACCCCGAGACCUCACCCUCCCCUCCUUCUCCCUUUCGCCACCACAACGCCCAACGUCCACAUAAGGACAAAGCGUUUGCUUUAGCUAGAUGAGAUCAAUCUGAAGCAAAUGGUUAUAAUUUCAAAAUUUUAAGAGUGGAGGACCUGUGUUGUGCACGUUAGAGUGAAUCGUUCAAGAUUAAUCCUUAACAACCUGACCACCAGGAACAACCAGCUAUCAUUUUACAUUGAACUAGAAAUUCAUUUUAGAAGAUCAAAGACAAAAUUUUCCGAUUAAAACGUACUUAAAUUGAAGAGGGGUUGUUGGCAUUGUGCACCAAAAAGGAAAAAAAAUGUGGAGGUUAAAGAUAGCAGAUGGAGGGAAUGAUCCCUAUAUAUUUAGCACAAAUAAUUUUGUGGGAAGGCAAACAUGGGAGUUUGAUUCUGAGGCAGGUACCGCUGAGGAACGAGCUCAAAUUGAAGCAGCUCGUCAAAACUUUUAUGAAAAUCGCUUCAUGGUCAAGGCUUGUGGUGAUCGACUUUGGCGGUUUCAGAUUUUGAGGGAAAAUAAUUUCAAACAAACAAUAAGUGGCGUAAAGAUAGAAGAUGAUGAGAAAAUUACAUGCGAGAAAAUUAGGAGCACCAUGAAGAGGGCCACUCAUUACCUAUCGUCACUACAGACUAGUGAUGGUCAUUGGCCUGCUCAUCUUGGAGGUUCCCUCUUUUUUACUCCACCGUUGGUCAUUUGUUUAUAUAUUACAGGACAUAUUGAUUCUAUAUUUUCAGAAGAGUAUCGUAAAGAGAUUCUUCGUUACAUAUAUUACCACCAGAACAAAGAUGGAGGUUGGGGACUACACAUAGAAGGUCACAGUAUCAUGUUUUGCACUACACUCAAUUAUAUAUGCAUGCGAAUUCUUGGAGAAGGACCUAAUGGAGGUCAUAACAAUGCUUGUGCUAAAGCAAGAAAGUGGAUUCAUGAUCAUGGUGGUGUAACACAUAUACCUUCAUGGGGGAAAUUUUGGCUUUCGGUACUUGGUAUAGUUGAUUGGUGUGGAAGCAACCCAAUGCCGCCUGAAUUUUGGAUCCUUCCUUCUUUUCUCCCUAUGCAUCCGGGUAAAAUGUGGUGUUAUUGUCGGUUGGUAUACAUGCCCAUGUCUUAUUUGUAUGGGAAGAAAUUUACGGGUCCAAUCACACCGUUAGUUGUAAAUUUGAGAGAAGAACUUUUUAUUCAACCUUAUGAUGAAAAUAGUUGGAAGAAAGCACGUCAUAAAUGUGCAAAUGAAGAUCUUUACUAUCCCCAUCAUUGGAUACAAGAUCUAUUAUGGGAUAGUUUGUAUGUAUUCACCGAGCCUCUUCUAAAUUGUUGGCCUUUCAACAAGUUGGUUAGAGAAAAGGCACUUCAAGUAACAAUGAAACAUAUUCAUUAUGAAGACGAAAAUAGUCGGUAUAUUGCCAUCGGGUGUGUGGAAAAGGUUCUAUGUAUGCUUGCUUGUUGGGUUGAAGAUCCAAAUGGAGAUGCUUUCAAGAAGCAUCUUGCAAGGAUCCCAGAUUAUUUAUGGGUUUCUGAAGAUGGAAUGACCAUGCAGGGUAUUGGUACUCAAUCAUGGGAUGUUGGUUUCAUUGUUCAAGCUUUACUUGCUACUAACCUUAUAGAUGAUUUUGGACCUACAAUUGCAAAAGCUCACGAUUUCAUCAAGAAAUCUCAGGUAAGAGAAAAUCCUUCGGGAGAUUUUAAGAGUAUGUAUCGUCACAUUUGUAAAGGCUCAUGGACCCUUGCCGAUAGAGAUCAUGCAUGGCAAGUUUCUGAUACCACUGCAGAAUGUUUGAAGUGUUGUCUACUUUUAUCAGUGCUGCCACAAGAUAUUGUGGGAGAAAAAAUGGAACUUGAAAAGUUACAUGAUUCAAUCAAUUUGAUACUGUCACUUCAGAGUAAAAAUGGAGGUAUGACUGCGUGGGAGCCCGCAGGAGCUUAUAAAUGGUUGGAACUACUCAAUCCUACGGAAUUUUUUGCUGACAUAGUAGUUGAGCACGAAUAUCUUGAAUGCACUGCAUCAGCAAUUCAGGUUUUAGUGUUGUUCAAAAAGCUUUACCCAGAGCAUAGAAAGGAAGAGAUAGAGAACUUCAUUGCUAAAGCAGUAACAUUCAUUGAAGAUACACAAUUAGAGAAUGGUUCUUGGUAUGGGAAUUGGGCAGUUUGUUUCACUUACAGCUCUUGGUUUGCACUUGGAGGUCUAGUUGCUGCUGGCAAGACUUACACAAAUUGUGUUACUAUUCGUAAAGCUGUGAAAUUUCUACUCAAAAUACAAAAUAAGGACGGUGGGUGGGGAGAGAGUUAUCUUUCUUGCCCAAGGAAGAUGUACGUACCUCUUGAAGGAAGUCGAUCAAAUGUUGUACAAACAUCAUGGGCUCUAAUGGCUCUAAUUCAUGCUGAGCAGGCUGAGAGAGAUCCAACUCCCCUUCAUCAUGCAGCAAAGUUACUCAUUAAUUCUCAGUUAGAAGAUGGCGAUUGGCCCCAACAAGAAACUCUUGGAGUAUACUUGAGAAAUUGCUUGGUUCAUUACUCAUUCUAUAGAAAUAUUUUUCCAAUGUGGGCUUUGGCUGAAUACCGCACAAAUGUUUUAUUGCCUUCCUUUACUAUUUAAGUUGAAAAAUUGUGAGCUCAAAAAGAUAAUGUCAUACCAAUAAAAGUCUAGAAAAAAAAAAGUUGGUAAUGAAGUUUAAUAGGCUUAUUCAUAUUCCCAUACUUUUGUAAUUUUGAAACAAAUAUUUCGUAUACAUUGUCAGGGACUCCAAAAUUUAUCAUACAUAACGAGGGGCUCUUUUUGCACCAA